AGAAAAAUGACAAAUUAUUUUCUAAAAUUAAUUUUUUUGUAUUAGAUAAUUGUAUUCGUUUAUAGCUUAUAGCCUUACUCUAAUAUACAAAGGAAAUAGCUUACUCAUCAAUAUGUAAUACAGCCUUGUUAAGUAUAGCCUGAUGAAGUAGCUUAUACAACUUAAUUUUCCACACUUUUUCCUAAUGCUAAUCAAGCUCAAAACUUAACUAUAUCUGGAUGGUUUUUAUUGUAUGGGUACUAAUCAAAUAAUUAUGUAAUAUUUUCGGUUCAUGAAUAAAACUAAUCAGUGAUGGCUCUCUUAGUUAAUCUUAAAGAUAAUUAAUUCAUUUUCAAUCUAUUGGGAACAAAUGGCAUUACUCAAAAUACUUAAAUUAAAGCUAAUAGGUGGUUUUUUAUGGUUGUUACUCUAAGUUGUAUCUCUGGGAAUAUCUAAGUUAAUGGUGGAGCAUAUUUUUAUAAUAGUUAUAUAAAUUUGUCUGGCAUGUCAAAAGCAUAUUAAAAUUCAUAUUUGCAAUUGUAAAAUAUGGAAUUCAAUUCCGGAAAUCCUCCUCAAAGAUUGAAUAUCUAACCUUCUUGUUCUUUAUACAAAUAACUAGCUAUUUUAAUAGACAGCUAUAACUCUAUAUAAUCAACUUCUAAGAUUGAAGAUUAUUUAGCAAAAUAGGAGUCCAGUUUAAUAAUGCAUUAUGAUUAUUUUUACUCCUAAUAAAAUCCAGGAAAAUUAUUAAGUGAUGUUGGAACUAAAUAUUAGAUGCUAAAUAUACAAGACUAAUUGCAAAACAAUACUAUUUGCUCAACAAACCAUUUAGAUACGUAAACAAUUGAAUUAGAAGGAUUGAAUGAAUUUAUUUUUUCAUUUUUUAUUAAAUUUGAAAAAAUUGCAAGUUUUAAUUUUCUAACUCUUUUACUUCCUAAUUAUUUAGUUACUUUUACAUAAUAUUUUAACUUUAUUCAAUUUGGAUCUGCACAAGUUUAAUUCGAUAUAUCCAAGUGGGUUUAAGUAAUUAUUCAUUAUAGCUAGUAUAGCACUGCACCAUUAUCUUUAAUUAUCUCGGGAUAUGAGUAAAAUAUGCAGUCCAUUUCAUUUACUGCUGGCACUUAAGUAGCCCAACUAAAAUUUAAAUAAGAUAGCAAUAAUAAAUAUUAGUUAAACCACAUCAGAAUUUAUAAAGGCUCAUUAAUUUAUUCCAAUCAAAAUUGCUUUCUUUAAAGUGCAGAUGGCUCUUGCAUACUCUGCAAACAGAAUUAUCUUUUAGAUUUUUAAAACGAUAUGAGCUGUGUUAUUAAAAGUUAAAUUAACACAGAUACAGAAAUAAAUGGCAUAAAAGAUUGGAAUCCGCCAAGAAAAAUUUGUCCCUUAAAAAUGGUAAGUGAUAACUCUUCACCAGAUGGGUGCAAAUGCAUAGCUGGGUAUUAUCUUUAAGGUUAAUAAUGUGUUUUAUGUCCAAGCUAUUGCAGAUAAUGUAGUAACCCAAACGAUUGUAACCUAACAAGAGAUAGUAGUGGAAAUUGUUUAGAUCCAAAAGCUUUUGAUGAUGGUAAUCAAUGUAUACUGCCUUUUUUUAUAAUCCCUUAAAAUAAUAAAUUUAGAUAUGUUAUGAAAAAACCUGAUUUCGGUUAAACUUGCUCUAACAUGGAUGUUUAGUCAAAAUAUUAGUAUUAUGGAUCAAAUUUUAACUUAUAAUAAGAUGAUUCCUUUUUCUUUUCUUUCACUUUAUCAGUAAUGAGUCUUAAUGGUAAAAUAAAUAAAACUACUCUAGCUUGGAUAAAGUAAAGUUCGAUUUUUUUACUUGAAAUUAUUUUAAAAUAUGUCUCAGACACAAACGGAGUACCUCUACUAACUGUACAAUUCAACAUAAAAAACAAAUUCUUUAAAGACUACGUUUUUUUUAUUUCAGAUCCAGCGUGGAUAGGAUUUUGGACUGAUAAUUAUAAUUAUUUGCUAAUAUUUAGAUCUAAUUAAAUAAAUAAUUAAUUUUAAUUUACUGAUACAGAUCCGUUUUUUUCUUCUCCAGAUUUACAAUUCUGCAUAGGAUAUUGCGAUUAGCUUAUAAAUGGUUGUCUAUCUUUACUAAGUAAUUCUAUAACAUUUAUUAGAAACCUAUAAUAUUCUACCUAGUAAGGUAUAGAUUAAAUGUUUUCGUUAUAUCAAGAUGACUCACCAUUAAUAGGAAUCUACAAAUUUGAUUAGAAAUAUUCAAAUUUUUUAAAAGAAAUAGUUAAUUCAGGAACUAAUAACCCUAGUGUAAAGCUUAUUUUCAGCUAAAAUCUUUAAAAAUAUAACAAAUAUUAGGGAUUUUAAAUAUCUCAGAGUGUUUAGGCUACUUUAACGUAUUCUAGUAAUAGUUAUGGAAUAACAACUAUUUCAUUAAACCUUGAAAUAGACUCAGAUUAUUAAUUUUCUUAAUUUUUAUUUAUUAAUCUUUCUUUCCUUACAGGCGGGUACUCAUUUUAAGUAUUUCUUGUACCUGAUUAUUUAUAAAACGUAAUCAGAGUCAGACUCUGUUUUGAUUCUUAGUGUUUCUCUACACAACAAGCCGUUCUUCUUUUUGAUUAAUCUAAUUUCUUUUUUUUUACUUUCAUUGCAGACUUAAAGUAAAUGUAUAAAUAAUACGUGCUCCUAUAUAAAGUAGAUGUUGUCUGCAAUUAUAUUUUAGAGAAAUUCACUUUUGCGAGUUAAAAAACAAAUUUUCAAUUAGGCUUAAUAACCUUUGGAUCAAACACAUCUUCAUUUUAAAUUUUCUUAGAUAAUAUAAAUAUUUAUAGCUAAAACGGGUUUGUGUAUUAUGAUUUGACUUAAACAGAUCCAUGUCAUAUCUAUAUUAAUAUUUCUAAUACCAAAUGUCUCCAUUUAAAAAGAUAGUACCUUUAUUUUAACAAUACAAUAAUUACUUAGUAAAAAUGUUCUUAGCUUUCUAAAACCACUUAGAAUAUACCUGUAAUAAAUUUAAAAGAUUAAACUUGUGAUUUAAUAAUACCUCUAUCUCCAACUUAAUAUUUAUGUGGAAAUGGACAGUAUAUUAAAGGCUAAUUUGUAUGCACUUUAUGUAAAGAUAUAAAUGCUAAUCCAUUAAAAUAAUGCUUAUAGUGUAAAUCACAUUUUUUUUAUGAUAAAAUAACCUAAGUAUGUUAAGAAUGUGACUAGCAGUGCUAAGAAUGUGUUGAUAAUAGCAGUUAAUGCACUUAAUGUUAAUACAUAAAUUAAAUUACUCCUUCGUGUGAUUGCAUUUCUUAGCCUCUAAAAGGAUAAAAUUCAUGUUAAUGCAAUUAUAAGUGUGGUUCUUGUAGUUAUUUAAACUCUGAUAGUUGCAUAACUUGCUCUUCGGAUAAGAGAGUUAUGCCAAACUGCUUAUGUGAUAGCUAAUAUGUUGAAGUAAAUAAUGAAUGCAUUAGUUUAAAUUGCAGUUCUAAGUGUUAGAGCUGUAACUUAAACGCUAAUAACUGCAAUAAAUGUUCUGUCAAUAGAAUAAAUCCACCACUGUGUAAUUGCAUGGAAGGCUUUUAGGAAGAUUAAAAUGGAGUAUGCUAGCCCUGUCCAACAGGUACUUUUUUUGACCCUAACUUAAAAAAUUGUUAAAGCUGCUCUUCUUAGUGUCUAUUUUGUAACUAAAAAGAAUGUUUGUAAUGUGCUGAUGAAUUCGAAAAAUAAGGAUCAUAGUGUGUGUGUUAGAAUUAGCUUUUGUACUAUUUAGACUAAAAAAACGUGCUAAAAUGUUUAAAAAUGAUGGACUUAUAUUUAAAAUCUUCUAAAUAAAACAAUAAAUAAUUAAUAAAAUUUAUAUUUGAUAAAAAUCUUCUAAAGUUUAAUCUUGAAAAUAUUGCCCUUAACAAAAUAGUUAAAGUUUACAUACCUGAAAUUCCUGAAACAUAUUAUGAUGUUAUCAAUCCAAUUUAUGAUUUAAAUACAUUUUAAUUAGAGAUAAAAAUAAAUUAGAAUUUUUAUGCAACCUUGUGUGUAGUUAUUAUAAUCAAAAAUUAAUUUUUCAUAAGUGAUGAUGAAUCAUUCAUUUUAGGUGAUAGCUAUGUUAAUUUUAAAAUGAAUGUUGGAAUAGGUCCCUUGGUAUUAAAAGAUGAAAACUUGGAUAACUUACAUCUUGAUAAAAUAAAUGGAUAGUUAAGUGAAUUUAAAUAGUCUAAUUCUGGAAUAUUUUAAAUAAUUAACUAAUUUUAGAUAGUAUUUUACUUGUUAAACACUCUUCAACCUAUCUCUUUAUUCCUUUUACUUGAUGUAAUUUAUCCUCCCUAACUGUAUAAGCUAUAUUAGUUUAUAGGAAAUUUUGUAUUUCCCUAAGUUCCUGAUUAUUUAGAUGAGCCAUCCUAUUCAAAUUUCAGGAUUUUAGGUUUCCAAAUAGAUGGGGUUGAUUCUAAAUAGCCAAAUUUUGGAAAAUUUAAAAACUACGGAUUUUGUUUAAGUCUUUUAGUAAAUAUUCCUUUGGCUGUAAUAAAAUAUUUUGUUUUGUUUUCGUCUUUAUUGCUAACUAUAACAGUACAGCUUAGGCUUUUCUAUAAAAACAAUUUAGUUUAGAAAAUAAAAAUUUUUUUAAUUUAAAGAAUAAAUAGUGAUAAUGAAGUGAGUCUUUCAAUAAUUACUAUCUGCUGCUUUAUUUAAUUCAUAGAAAUCAAUUAAGACUCUUAUAUUUAUAGAUAAGGAUUUUAUUUGGCUUUAAUGUUUUUAUCAAUGUAAAUAGUACUAUUCUACUUUAAUUAUUAAAAUGUAACAAAAAAUAAAAGUGAGGGUAAUGAAUAUUCUAUCCUCUUUACAGAGAGAUUAAAAUGUAAUUCUACACCACUUUAAAAGAGCUACUUUUUGAUUUAAAAUAUAAAGAAAUAUUUAUAUGUCUUAAUUGUGUGUUCCUUAUUCAAUUACCCUCUUACUAUUUGCAUAACUUGUGGAAUACUUUUUUUAAUUUCUGCUCUCUUGACAGCUUAUAUGACUCCUUAUCAUAAUAAGCUGAGUAGGUCUGUAAAAUUUUUAGGAGAAAUAGCUUUAUCAGUAACAUGGUUUCUCCAUAUCCCUUUGCUUUCAAAAGAGUAAAUUUUUAAAUCUUAAGCUAUAAUUGAAGACAGUGACCUUAAAUAGUAUUUAGAUUUAGGAAACGUUAUUCUUGGUUUGUUGCUAGCAUAUAAUCUCUUAUUUUUUGUUUAGUUACUCUAUGAUCUAUAUAAAUAUGUUGAUAAUUUUUUAAAGAAAAAAAAGCUUUAAAACUAAACAGCAGCAAAUAAUUAGUCUUAAUUAUCUGAAAUGUAAUUAUUAAAAAAGCCUUGUAAAGGUAAUAUUAUAUUAUGAUCUAAAUAUUUAUUUCUCACUUCUGC